GAUCAGGAGAGAGUGGGUCUAUUUAUAGGGUCAGACAGUCACUUCUAUAUUGGUCCCAGACUGCCAGCCACAAUUCCGAGGCCUUUAUGGGAACCAAGAGCACUGAACAGGGAGGACAUAAUCUGUGAUCGGCCUGUUUGUGCAGGCAGCAUGGCCAGCCAGGAGGAGUUUAAGGAAACAGCACUCCAGGCAAACCCAGAAGGUGACACCAUCCUGGAGGUGGGAGGGAAGCUGUUUCCUGUCAACAGGUGGGCUCUGGCAUGCCACAGCCGGUACUUUGAGGCCAUGUUCUUUGGGGGCACCAAGGAGCGCACCGAACGGCAUAUUCAGAUCAGAGGGGUUGAGGUGGAACCGUUCCAGGCCCUUCUGAGCUUCACACGGACGGGCACCAUCCACAUCACGCGGCACAACGUUACUGACCUCCUGGAGGCCGCUGACUUCCUCCAGUUUGAGCGUGCCAAGAAGCACUGCGAGAAGUUUCUAGAAAGGGAGCUCCAUGUCUCCAACUGCCUCAGCCUGAUGGCCUAUGCCCAGCACUUUGCCUGUACAGAGCUCUGUCCGGCAGCCCUCUACGUGGCCCUCACUCACUGGGCCGAAGUGGCCACCCAGGAGGAGUUCGAGGAGCUCUCCAAAGAAAAGUUAUUGGAGCUGCUGCACAGCGACGACCUCUUUGUGGCCCGCGAGGAAGUGGCCUUUGACACGGUGAUACGGUGGGUGACCACGGACCUGGCGGGCCGGGAGAAGGACUUCCUGGAACUGGUUGGCCUUGUCCGGGUCCCUUUCCUGAGCCUCUCCUUCCUGGACCUCCUGGUGAAGCGCAGCAAGCGCUCUGGGGGGGACGCCUCGGCUCAGCUGGUGAAGAAGCUGGACAGCUGCCCGCCCCCCAGCUGGAGAGACGUGGCCCAGUUGCCCUGCAGCAGCCGGAGCUACGAGACUCUCUACGUGCUGGCUGGGAAGCAUGACAAGGAGCAGCAGGAGCUCUUCCAGUUCCACCCCAAGACCGGCACGUGGCAGCCUUGUGCUCCCCUCCAGCGCAAGAACCUUACCCAGUGUGCUGUGGCUGCAGUAGGGAACUUCCUCUUCGUGACGGGUGGCUACUUCCUGGAGGAGUUUUUCUGGGCCACCGUGGACUGGGUGCUGAUCUACAACAGCUGGGACGACAGCUGGCUGGAGGGACCAGCCAUGAGGAAGGCUCGGAACAGCCACUGCGCGGUGGGGGUCGGCUUCCACCUGUACGUGAUGGGGGGAAGCACCGAAGAGGGAAUCGUCCCAGAUGUAGAACGCCUGGCACCGACGGAUUCCGCGUGGGAGACCAGGAGUCCCCUGGUCCACUCGGUGGAAAGAGCUGGGGCGGUCAGCGUGGGGACACGAAUCUAUGUCAUCUGUGGCCUGGAUGAGAAUGGAGAUGUCUGCCGGGCAGUGCAGAGACUGGACGUGGAGACUGAUGUUUGGGAUGUCAUUUCUUUCUCGCCGCUGCCUAGGUGAGGCUCGACACAGCUUCCCCCAUGGGAUUCUAGGACAAGUCGGGACCUGCCACAAAACGUUGUGGUGCUUCU